CUAGCAUUUCUCACUUCUUUGUAGUUGUCAGCAACAGAUUAGAGAGAUCUAUGGAUUUUCUUUAUUUUCUGUUUCCCUCUUCAUCCAACUGGCACAUACCCCCAAAGAUAAAACCUGGGUAAAAAAAAAAAGAAAAUCACAAGAAAUGACUGUCGAUCCAGUGAAGAAACAACCUGAAAUAGACGGCGCCGACCGAAAUGGAGCUGACAUCUCCGAUGACGAUGCUGACCAAUACCCUCUAGGAGAGGUAGCCAUUGAGGAUGGUGUUGCCACAGCAAAGAAGCGGAAGAACAGAAAGAGGAAGACUAAAAAGACGAAAACCAAAGUUCAAACUGAUCCCCCGUCCAUCCCCUUAUCUCAACUUUUCCCUAAUGGCGCCUAUCCGAAAGGGGAGGAGGUGGAAUACCAGAAUGAGAACCGCUACCGAACCACCGACGAAGAAAAACGAUACCUUGACAACCUCAACGCCGACUUUCUCUCGGACUACCGCCAAGCGGCUGAGACACAUCGACAGGUCCGUCAGUGGGCCCAGAGAAACAUCAAGCCGGGCCAAACCCUCCUGGAGAUAGCCAACGGGAUCGAGGAUAGUGCGAGGCGGCUCGUCGGCCACGACGGCUUGACGGAAGGCGACUCCUUGAUAGCCGGCAUGGGGUUCCCCACCGGCCUGAACAUCGACAACGUCGUAGCGCACUACAGCCCGAACGCCGGGUGCAAGUCUGUGCUUGCCGCGAGCAACGUGCUCAAAGUCGACAUCGGCGUGCACGUGGGCGGGCGGAUCGUGGACAGCGCCUUCACGAUGGCGUUCGACCCCGUCUACGACAACCUGCUGGCGGCCGUCAAGGACGCGACGAACACGGGCGUGCGAGAAGCCGGGAUCGACGUGCGGGUCGGCGAGCUCGGCGGCUACAUCCAGGAGGCGAUGGAGAGCUACGAGUGCGAGAUCGCCGGCACGGUGCACCCCGUGCGCGCGAUCCGCAACCUGUGCGGGCACACCAUCCUGCCGUACUCCAUCCACGGCACCAAGAGCGUGCCGUUCAUACGCACGAACGACAUGACCAAGAUGGAGGAGGGGGAUGUUUUUGCGAUCGAGACCUUCGGCAGCACCGGCAUCGGCCGCUACGUCGAGUGCGGCGAGGUCUCCCACUAUGCGCUGCGUCGGAACCCGAGGAGGACGGAUUUUUCGUUGUCCUCGACGAAGUCGCUGCUGAGCACGAUCAAGAAGAACUUUAGCACGAUUCCGUUUUGCAGGAGGUAUUUGGACAGGAUUGGGCAGGAGAAGUAUCUCUUUAGCCUGAACAAAUUAGUGAAAACCGGCAUCGUGGCAGACUACCCGCCGUUGAUCGAGAAGCCAGGGGCUUAUACGGCCCAGUUUGAGCACACAAUCCUCCUUCGACCAACCGUCAAAGAAGUUAUUAGCCGUGGAGACGACUUCUAAAAAUCUAGACAUGCGAGAUAUCGGAUCAGAUCGAUGCCCUCCUCACGCUUUAAAUCGCAUCCAAUCGCUCGAAAUUGGCAUACGAAGACAAUGAACAAAAUACCAACAAUAGAAAUGAUUAUUUAUCCCUAGUCCCAGCUGUCUUCCUACUACUUCCGCUGUAUCGUGAACUCUACACGCCCCCCUUAAUUCUCCAUGGGCUCCAAACACUCGGAAUCUUCGGGAUCUCGGCAAAAAACGAAUAGUAUGUAUG